UUUGAGCCCUUGCAGCCUCUUAAACCUAAUCACUUUCCAAGUGAUGUCAGUAAAGUCUGUGAGGGUUCAGGGCUUAGGGUUUAGGGGGGACAUUGGGAUUGCGCCUGGCUUUCUGGUUGUAAUUCCGCCUCCUACCAGCAGGUAUCGCUCUUGAUAUUCAGUACCGUUUGUUUUCAGGGCAUCAGCUUCCGGUGUGUUUCCAGGAUUUAGCCACAGCCGCAUCUGAAAUUAGCUCUAAUGCUAGCUCACGAUGCCCCUCGCUCCUGCAAACCAAUCCCAGCUGAUCCGGUCCAGUCAGAAGGACGAAUAUUAUCAAACCUUCCUGAGAAACAACGCCAACGAAGCUUUUCAAACACUUGCUGGGUCCAAAAGAUGGCUGGACUGGAGGAGAGAGAUCGAGCUGCUGUCAGACCUUGCAUACUACAGUUUAACAACAUUCUCAGGUUACCAAACCCUGGGCGAAGAGUACGUCAGCAUUGUGCAAGUGGAUCCCACUAAACGUCACAUCCCCUCAGGGUUCAGACGAGGCCUCUUUGUCGUCUGCCACGCCGCCUUUCCUUACCUCCUGGAUAAGGUCCUGUUGUGCCUGGAGAACGAGCUGGAAGGUGGGCAGGAGAGCCAUGGAGGUCUCAGUUGGCGGCAGGCUGCGUCCGGGCCGUGGAGCCUUGAGCGCUGGCUGAGGAGUAGGAUGCGGAGGGCAGUGGGGCUGCUGUCGGAGCCCCAGAGGAGAGUGUGCCUGCCGGCUGUAUUCGUCCUCCAGCAAGGUCUGACCCUCCUGCACAGACUCCAUGUGGCUCUGUUCUACAUCAAAGGCUCGUUCUAUCACCUGUCCAAGAGGGCGGCUGGCAUCAGCUAUCUGGGUGUGACGGGUCUGAACCGUGAUGACGGGAUGAUUCGGAGCAGCUACAGGCUCCUGGGGGCCGUGUCCCUCGUCCAGCUGCUCAUCACUGUGUGUCUGCAGCUCAACAACUUUAGGCAGAGACAGAGGGCCAGGCAGGAGUGGAAGCACUACAGGAACCUCAGCCCUCAGUGCACACGGAGCUCGGACCCCAGAGCCGCCCGCUGUAUCCUAUGCCUGGAGGAUAGGAGACACUCCACCUCCACCCCCUGUGGACACCUCUUCUGCUGGGAGUGCAUCACAGAGUGGUGCAACACCAAGGCGGAGUGCCCCCUGUGUCGGGAGAAGUUCCAACCUCACAGACUGGUGUACUUGAGGAACUACAUAGCCUGAUACUGCAAGCUGCUGCUGGACUGUAAGGAUGUUGUUGACCUGCAGGCAGAACAAUGUUCUCCAGCAGUCACACGGAACUUAGUGCCGAUGUACACAAGCAUCUUUUCUUAUUCCUCUUCUGUUGUUGUUGAGGAAAGGUUGUUGAUUGAGAAUUAAAUGUUGGAUUCAGUUGGAAGUUGUUGGAUCAGUCAAAACGUGUAAAUAUUACCAUUUAAUUAAAACCAACCAGAUGCUAAUAAACUGUGGGAAAUAUUCAAAUAUGUGUUUUGUGUUUUAGGUUGUUUAAAAAAUUAAAUAUGAAAAUAGAUCUCAGGUAUAGUUGUCUUACAGUGUAAGUACGUAUAAUUGUUCAUUGACGGCCUGGUAGAAAAGGAGUCUGUUGUAUGAUGGAAGAUUACCAUUAAAUAAAGUAUAGUAAAUCAA